UGCAGAUCUGCUGCUGGGUUCACACAACAUCGUCUGCCAGUUGGUGUCAUCUAUUUGACAUCUUGGGGCUACAGUACUCUGAAGGACAUCCACUGCCCUUAACAGAAAAAAUACUGCUGAGAAAAUGAUUUAACAGGACUCUCACCCUACCGAAGUUCAGUGCAUUUUCCAGGAUUUUCAAGGCUUCGAUGCUGUCAUGUUGCGAGCCCACUAUCCACUUGUGUUCCCAUGAAUAAUGAAGAAAAUCAUUUCAGGAGAUUAUAACAUCCUGUAUUUCAGUUUCUGAGAGCUUUACUGAUUGAUUUCCCUACUCAAAACAAUCCUCAUAUCCUACAUUUCUGAAGAUCUCAAUAUCUGGACUAUUGUUGAAGAAAUUCCCAGUAAGGCUCACUUAUAUCUUUAGAGAUGGCAAAUAACUACAAGAAAAUUGUUCUACUAAAAGGAUUGGAGGUCAUCAAUGAUUAUCAUUUUAGAAUUGUUAAGUCCUUACUGAGCAACGAUUUAAAACUUAAUCCAAAAAUGAAAGAAGAGUAUGACAAAAUUCAGAUUGCUGACUUGAUGGAAGAAAAGUUCCCAGGUGAUGCUGGUUUGGGCAAACUAAUAGAAUUCUUCACAGAAAUACCAGCACUGGGAGACCUUGCUGAAACUCUUAAAAGAGAAAAGUUAAAAGUUGUGAAUAAAAUGGAAUCCAUUCCAGUCAAAGGAACAACCCCAUCUAAAACGAGGAAACAGAAAGAAGUAGAUCCUGCUACACCUGCAUCCACCACAAGCAACACACUCACAGCUAAAGGAGCAGAGGAGACUCUUGGACUUCAGAAAAGAAGAAAACCAUCUGAAGAAGAGACUGGAACCAAGAGGAGUAAGAUGUCCAAAGAGCAGACUCAGCCUUCCUGCUCUGCAGAAGCCAGCAUGUCCACAGCCAUGGGCUGUUCCCCACCUCCCCAGACCUCAUCAUCAGCUCCACCCAACACUUCCUCAACUAAGAGCCUGAAACCAUUGGCCAACCGUCAGGCAACUCCCAGUAAAAAUAUUUUCCCAAAAGACCCAAUGAUCGUGAUGGUACUAAGUGCAACAAAGAUAUUUAAAUAUGAAUUCUCAGAAAAUGAGCAAAGAAGAAUGUUUCAUGCUACAGUGGCUACGCAGACACAGUUCUUUCAUGUGAAGGUUUUAAACAUCAACUUGAAGGGGAAAUUCAUUAAAAAGAGAAUCAUCAUUAUAUCACAUUAUUCUAAACAUAAUAGUCUCCUAGAGGUGAAUGAAGCCUCUUCUGUAUCUGAAGCUGGUCCUGACCAAAUGUUUGAGGUUCCAAAGGACAUCAUCAUAAGAGCAAAGAAAACUCCGAAGAUCAAUAUUCUUCGCCAACAAACUUCGGGAUAUAUUGUAUAUGGAUUAUAUAUGCUACAUACGAAAACUGUAAAUAGGAAGACAACAAUCUAUGAAAUUCAGGAUAAAACAGGAAGUAUGACUGUAGUAGGAAAAGGAGAAUGCCACGAUAUCCCCUGUGAAAAAGGAGAUAAGCUUCAACUCUUCUGCUUUCGACUGAGAAAGAGGGAAAAUAUGUCAAAACUGAUGUCAGAAAUGCAUAGUUUCAUCCAGAUACACAAAAAUACAAGCCAGAGAAGCCAUGACUCCAGGGGUAUGGCACUACCCCAGGAACGGAGUCAGCAUCCAAAACCUUCAGACGCUGGCACAACCCUACCUGAAAACCGUCCCAAGACUCCUCAGAUGCCGCCAACAACCCCAUCCAGCAGUUCCUUCACCAAGGCCUAUGGAUCAGAUGCCUAUAUCUUCAGUGAAUGGGCAGACAACUUGAAGCUAAGGUAAAAGGAAAACUGAGUCACUAUCCUCCAAUCUAGUAUAUUACCCAUUACCAAACGGCACUCGGACCAACCUUCUUGCUGCAUCCCUAAUACAUACGUACCAGUUGAAGACAGGACUCCUAUGUAAGGAGUUCUCAUUUUUUCAUUUUGUUUUGUUGCUGCUUUUGUUCUUAUUGACUGUUCCAUUCCAAUAAUUCAUAUUUCUCUGUACACUUUCUAAAAUUACUAUUUGUGGAUGGUGAUAUCAAUCUAGCCUCUUUGCCAUCUUACUUCACGUGGUUAGAUGAAUCCCAUUCCUAGUCAUUAUCAGCUCUGAUCCAUUUAUUCUCUGCUACAACUUUUAAAGACAAUCCGUUUCCUGAUGCAUAAUGGCUUAGACAUAAUGGAGCGACAGUUUCUAAGUUAUCUUGUCUAAAUACAUAAUACAGUCAUUUCUACAUUCAUAGGAAUUAUUCUGCUGUACAUAAAAUCCCUUAGAUACAAUAAUUUUAGAAAGAGGCACGUAUCUCCAUGGCCACCUACACCUAAAUGCACCAUGGACCUUUUCUGCUUUGGUGACCCACUCAAAGGUUGUCUCACCACUCAAUCUAUGAUUCACCAGCUGAGCAGGAAAGACUUGCCAUUUUACUCAUUUUGUGUAUGAUAUAGGUUCAUUAUGCUUUGGGAUCUAAACUCCAAAGAAGACAGAAGCAUGACCAUCUGUCAUGACUCAUCUAAAGCAUAGAUCGCAGAAUGGCAUGAGUCAUGAUCAGGGAUGGUAGUAGGGAGAAAUUACUAUGAGGAAAAUAAUCAACAACUAUUUAAAUUAAUAUCCAACCAAAGCUAAGAUCUUAGGCAUCCAAAUUCUGCUACUGUAAUGAAAAUGUUUUUAUUUAUAUUUUAUUAUGUAUAUUUAAUUUUUAAUGAUUAAGGGGGUACAAGUGCAGCUGUGUUAUAUGACUAACUAGCACAGUGGUGAAGUUGGGACUUUUAGUGUAUCCAUCACCUGGAUAGUGUAUGUUGUAACCAUUAGAUAAUCUCUCGUCCCUCACCCUACUCUCACACUUCCAUCUUUCUGAGUCUCCAAUGUCUCUUAUCACACAGCCUCUAUGUCCAAUAUCACUUCUUGGCCUUUCCACUAAGAUAACUGUAAUAUUUGAUCUUAUCAGUUUUGACUUAUUUUGAAGAGAUACUUGUUCAAUCCACUUUUAUCAAUGAGAUUAGACUACUAACUUUGGUAGAAGGGAAUAGAGACUAGCUUAUUUAAUAUUCUUCCUAUACCUCCUCAGUGAGAUUUUCUACAACUGGGUCAACAUAAAGCAUAAAACAUCUGUGAAUAGAGCAAACACACAAACCCUGCAUAUACUAUAACAAUGAAAAUAAUAAUGAUAUUUCUUCUUAUUGAGCAUUUACUGGAUUCUAAAGUAAAGCUAUGUUUAUUACAAAAUUUAUAGCAUAUAUUCUUUAUUGUAUAUCCAUGAAGAUGCAACAUAUAUCCCAUUUCACAUAUGAGAAUCAUGAGGUUCAAAGCAGUUAGAAAUCUCUCCGAAGUUAAUAAAGAUAAUUAGUGUUAGAUGCAAGAUUCACAUUCAACUUAGUCAACUAAAAAGUUUUUGUAGUUUAGGGAGUAUGUUUCUUCCAGUGAGAGAGUAAAUAUUAAAAUAUCUGUAUCAGUAAGCAUUUCAAAUGUGUUGAAUUUUACAUUUGGUUUUAUAAUCCAGACUCUUGAAGCUUCUAAAACAGGAUGAGGUACACAAGAUGACUAGGGUUUGUUGUCCUCACUAGGAAACCAUCAUAAGCAAACAGAUCUUUCAGCACUUUUCUUCCAUCUCCUUAAGGACAAAAGAAAAAUGCUAUGGAAAUCUACAAGUAGAAAUAAAUGAGAUCGAUUUGAUAUUGGAAGUAGAAUGUCCUUAAGUGCUUCCCUUAGUGAUAUUAGAGAGAGUCACAUAUGAUUUUCCGGACACCCACUAUCCUUACAUUAACAAGGUAUAAAAAAAGACAGGUAGUGGGAAUGCCCUAGUGAAGUCUGGAAUGGUUCUGAUUACUGUUGGGAAUCCUGAAGGAUUUUGGAUACCUGAUGCACAUCACGGGAUAACCAGAGCCCUGACUGGAACUGUGCUUUCAGAGAGUGCUGAUAGCAAAAUGAAGAUCAGUAUGCCCAAACAACCAACAGCUGAGUUUUCUGGGUCCUGAAGUGCAAAUUACAGGAAUCCUUUGCAUAUUUGCUUGAUGAAAAUGGCUUCCAUCCAUUUGGCUAACAUUGCUCUGAAACUUCUACCCUUAUAACCUAGAAGAUUAUUUAACAAAAAUAACUCCAGCACAGGUGCUUGACCAAGUUAGCCUAGACGAGUUUUCACCAGAAACAGAGCCAAGGCCCAAUCACACACCUAUAGAAUUUCAGUCAAUAAAAUGAAGGAUGAAUGCCAUUUGUGAAUGUGCAGGUGAAGAGGUUAGGAUAUCUAAAGUUAUGCUGUUUUCCAGAGAAAAUGCAAGAGGGAUGACAAUGUAAAAAGAAGAAAAGAAAAAAUAAAUUUAAAAAAGCAAAACAGAUAGAUGAUGAUAUAGAUACAGAUGAUAUAGAUAGAUAUAGGUAUAGAGGCAGAUACAUAAUCAGGCUUCAUCUCAUAGUGAAACCAUUAAUCAGAAAAGUCAAUAUUUUCCUCAGAACACAGAUGCCAGAAUCACCCGAACAUAUGACUCCAAUAAGUUAGUAUCCUCUCAAAAGUGGAUAGUCUGCAUAGGUAAGCUUCAGGCGUCAGAGAACCUCCAACUCUGAACCAUCCUCAGAUAUCACAGAAAAUGUCACAAACCCCACCUGGUAGUUCUUUAACCAAAGUACCAGCUUCUUGUUGCCAUUCUUUGUGCCUCCCUUUAUUAUAAUUAAAGGGAUAAUCAGUAUCUUGA